GGGCGACGGAAGCUCCUCGCAGGAUAUUGAGCUGAAUUCAUCCACUCAUGCAAGCGAGACGGCCACAACCACUCCUACUGGACGGGUGAAACAGGAAACCCCAAAUCGCGAUUCUCAGGGGCUGAGUUCUUCAGCUGAAAAGGAGGCAGCGCCUUGUAUGUCCUCUGAGGCGGUCGAAGAACAGACUGCGAUGAUUCUAUCACAGGAAAAUGUGGUCGGUCCAAUUUCAGCUGAAAAUGCGCAAGCAGUGCUGCCUCCAGAUGCAUGCGUUUUUGUUGCAAAGUCAGUAUCAUGUCACGGCUUCCGUUUAAGACGAAAACUGACCAUUCUAGCUUGUCCUCCGCUCGCACUGACGAGCAACUUGAACGAUCUGUGACGGAAGCUUUCAAAGAGUAUGGCAAUGUCUAUGUCAAGAUCCGUCGAGAUAACAACAUGAUGCCAUUUGCGUUUUGCCAAUAUGAGACCGUUCAAAGUGCUCGAGCUGCCAUUCAGUUUGGCAAGAAUAGGUUGAUAGAUGGGCGUCGUUGCCGAACGGAGCCUGCGAGAGUGAAUAGAUCGCUGUACAUGUCCAAGGUCCUCGGUGGGCGGAUCACGAAUCAAGAAGCGCACAGUGUGCUUCAGCGUUUUGGACCUAUUGAAAAGACUUGGGAGGCUAGCCCAACUGAACAGGAAAUUUACCAACUUCCAGAUGGUAUCUGGGUUAAAUUCGCGUAUUAUCAGGCUUGUCGCGAUGCGCAAUCAGCGUUUCGCGAUGAUCAAGAAUAUCGUCUGGAUCAACCUCCGACGCCGCCGGAUGCACCUUCUAAACAGGGUCGGUCGAUGUACUCGCUGACAAGCAGCCCAUUUAAGGAGCCGAGCCCUGGUGCUAUCAAGUACUGGGAGCGCCAAGCCAUCGCGAAGAAGAAUGAAGACGUUUGCACGGUGUUUGUUGGAGACAUCCCAUCCGAGGUCACUCAGGAGGAAAUUAUCGACUUCUUUGGGCAGUACGGAUGUGUAGUUUCUGCCCAAAUCAUCUCACGACCAUCCGCGAAUGGUAAGAUAGUAAAUAACGAACCUUUAUUGUCUUGCUAACAACCACUUAGGUGACGGAGUGAAUAUCUUCGGUUUCGUCGAAUUUUCGAACCAUCGGGAGGCAUUGCUGGCUGUUCGAGGUGAUGUGAGUUUCUCCAUGCAUAUCGUUUGGUCGCCAAGAUUGACGAAAGACCGACCUUAGAACACUCUUGGAGGCGUCAGA